CAUUUCUUUCCAAAAGCAAAAUAAAAAUAAAAAUAGUGUAAAAAACAUAUAUAUACUACUCCUCAGCCCCCAAUCCCCAUAGCUAAUUAACGAGUACAUAGUUUUUAUUUUCGGUCUCCUUUUCGUUAUUCUCUUCUUUAUAUCCAUCUCAGCCCAAAAUUGAACAAAGGCAACAACACUAUGGAAUAUGGCAGGCUCGGAAAAACCGAACCUGCUGCCGCACCGGCCCAAAACCCCGACCCACCGGUCCGGCCCGGGAAACCCAAAUUCCGGCUACUGCUGAUCUCAACGGCCGCGCUGCUGGUGGCGGUGGCCGUCUCCGCCGCGAUUGGGGCUGCGGUCAUACGCAGCAGAGGCGGGGGAGGGCGGCGGCUCCGGCCGUCGCGGGCCAUGUCGCGGGCGUGCGGGAGGACGCGGUUCCCGGCCCUGUGCGUGGACUCGCUGCUCCAUUUUCCGGGGGCGGCGGCGGCCUCCGAGGAGGAGCUCGUACACAUCUCCGUCAAUAUGACGCUUCAGAAAGUGGGCCGAGCGCUGUACUCCGCCGCCGGGAUUAACAAUCUCGAUAUGGAUCCUCAUGCCAGGUCGGCCUACAACGACUGCCUGGAGCUACUCGACGACUCGGUUGACCUCCUAACACGCUCCCUCAACUCAGUCUCGGCCGGGUUGACUCAGGACGUGCUGACCUGGCUUAGCGCGGCCUUGACCAACCAGGACACCUGCACGGAAGGCCUCGACGAGAUCCAAAACGGCGUCGUCAAGGACCAAAUGUCCGACCGGCUCAAGGAUCUUUCCGAGAUCGUGAGCAACUCCCUUUCCAUAUACGCCGCUGGAGACGACUUCUCCGGCGUACCGAUCCAGAAUCGCCGUUUGUUGAGCGAGGAAAGGGGGCGGCGAGAUUUUCCGAUCUGGCUAUCCCGGCAAGACCGAGAGCUUCUGGAUUCGGCGCCGGCGGCGAUCGGUGCAGACAUUGUCGUGUCGAAGGACGGCGGCAACGGCACGGUGAAGACGAUAUCGGAAGCUAUCAAGAAGGCACCGGAGCACAGUAGUCGAAGAUUCAUCAUUCACGUGAGGGCAGGAAUGUAUGAGGAGAAAGAGCUGAAGUUGGGGAGGAAGAAGACAAAUAUAAUGCUCAUUGGGGAUGGGAAGGGCAAAACAGUCAUUGCAGGUAGAAAAAACGUCCAGGAGAAAAUGACGACAUUCCAUACAGCAUCUUUUGGAUCCUCAAGAGCAUCAGAGUUUGAUUUGAUGCAAAUCUUUCUCAAUUUCACUCAAGCCGCAACCGGGGCCGGUUUCAUGGCUAGGGACAUAACGUUCGCGAACUACGCGGGCCCCACCAAGCACCAGGCCGUGGCCCUUCGAGUCGGGGCCGACCACGCAGUGAUCUACAGGUGCAGCAUCAUCGGCUACCAAGACACCCUUUACACCUACUUGGGUCGACCGUGGAAGAUGUAUUCUCGGACAGUGUACUUGCAAUCCUACAUGGGAGACCACAUUCACCCGAGCGGCUGGCUCGAGUGGAACGGGAACUUUGCCCUCGACACGUUGUAUUAUGGGGAGUACAUGAAUUUCGGACCGGGUGCUGCUUUGGGCCAACGUGUGAAAUGGCCCGGUUAUCGCGUGAUCAAGUCCGCAGAUGAGGCGAGCAGGUUCACGGUGGAGAAGUUUAUUUCAGGCUCCGAGUGGUUGCCCUCCACUGGGGUGGCCUUUGUGGCAGGGCUUUCGAGUUGA